AUGGCGCGGCCCCGAGCCGACACGGGUUAUGAACGUGAGGUGCUGCCAGUUGAAGAUGACGACGAACAGCAACAGUCGCCUCCGAAUAAAUCUGUCAAGAAGAGAAAGGUUGUACGUUUUGAUGAAGCGGGCUUGGAGGAGCAGCAGAAGCAGCGGAAAUCAGAAAAGGCAGACCAGGCAGAAGGUUUGGCAAUUUCCCGUCGAAGUGCCAAGGAGGACAUCCUCGCCAGAACGAUGUUUGAUAUGGUCUGCCCUGUGGCGUUACAGGGUGUGGAGAGCCCUUACAAGGUUCUUUUUGCCACCCAGAGGCAAUCGCAAAUCAUUGGUGGAAAUGUCGAUGCUUUGCAGAAGUUGGCCAGUGAUUUCUGUGAGCAAACGCCAAAAGUUGUCAUCAACUUGCUUACAUCCCCAUGCCCAAGCUACGGACGCCUUCAAGACAAGGGCCUGCGUGAGCUGGAGCAAAUUCAGCACCGCCUGGACGUGUUUAUGCGGCACGUGUUGUUGCCCAUUGCAGAGGAGAGUAGUGCCCUCGUCUUGUGCGAUGCUGUCGCAGGCAACUGCAUGCUUGCUGAUUCCUUUAUCCGUGCAGAGAAAUUGCGGCAUGGAGCCUGGAGCAAGAAGAAGCCGUUCACGUUGCUGGGGUUUACAACAAUGCGUGACUUGAACCAGGUUUCGGAGAAGGCUCAUUGGAGAUUGCUAAUGGAAGGCUGUGAACAUUGGACGAAAGCCUUUGGGAAAUACACUAAGAAGUAUGAUAUGGACAUGAGAAUAUGCAGUGUCAGCACUGCAAAAGACAUCCAGCCUGCCAUCUCAAGCGUGAUCAUAGUGGGUGGCCUGGAGACUGACAGUCCCGUCCGUGGCGCAGCAGCUGCGUCUCUGAAGACAGCUUUGGUCUCUUACCUUGGUUCCCACCUGCCAUCGAUCGCCGUCAAGACAGGCGUGUCUGAGCACAGUUCGCUCCAACAAGAAGCCGAGUCUGGACUGCAAGUUGCGGUGGACGCCCUCCAAAAUCAGACUCCGGUCGUGUUUCUUGAUUUGAUUCGUGUGAUCAGCCCUCAGCAAACGGUCGACUCCACGGACGACAAGUCGCUCCACGUGCAGCACACGCCACAUGACACCACAUCCGCCACGCAGCGUGCAACGCAACACCAAACGGCAGGCACGCCUGCGGACGAGCAAGCGCAUGCGGACGAGAUGGGCAAUAAAGCCGAAGAUCUGCACGCGAUCGGUUCCACAGACAACAACGAGUCGAAUCACACGCAGGCCACCACCUACACCGCACAACGUGAACUGGGGCAUCAGAGCACGCGAAACCGCCUGUCAGAGUUGAUCGCAGUCACGCCUGCUGUAAAGGAAGCGCCCGCGGACGAGAGGGAUUAUGCACUCGAAAACCAGUUGAUGGCUGGUGUCCGAAAGGUCCAUCCGGGGAACUUGUUCGACACCUGCGCCAUCUCACAUAUUCGCUGGAGGUAUCAGAGGUUCUUUCAACAGCAGCUACAACAGUCGCAGCAUGCCGGGAGAGCACUCUGGGAGGCCAUCGAACGGGAGCAGGAGCGAAGCCGCAAGCGGCGAGAUGAGCUUGGCGCCGCCCGUGGUUUGACCGUCUUGCACAGAGUCUUCGAGAAGCAGGCGCAGAAACUGAAACUGGAGAUGCCUAAGCAGAAGGCAAAACGCUCGGCCAUGGUCUGGCGGAAGCGCAAGCCGAAGGCUUCAGCUCCAGCCCCCAAGGCAAGUCAACACCAGCCUUUGCAGACCGCACAGGAUGGCAGAAGCGAUGAAGUCCCCGAGCAGGGGAAAGCCAAUGUGCAGGAACAGGAGAACGACAAGACCAUCAAGUAUGCUUUUGUUACAAGAGCCGUGGAGCUUGUGCUAUCUGAGAAGCUUGUGCCGAUUAACAUUUGGGAAGCAGACGAGCGCCUGACGGCAGACAUCUACGGAGCGUUGACAAGGGACCGUCUGCCACGUCAGCAUAACCUGGAAGCCCUGUGCCUCUUGCGCGAUGCUUGCACCGAACACGAUGCCGCUUUCUCUGGCAACCUAUUAUGGCAGAUUGAGCAGGCUUUGGUACUCAUGCCAAUUAUUGUGCGCUCUUGCUACGAUAAUAUUCAGCGUUACCGCACGAACUUUGGGAUUGGAGGAGCAUUGGACCUCAACUACGAAUAUGCUCCUUUCCAUGCUCUGCACCUGUCUAAUCGCGUUGCAUGCCUUUGCCAACCCCACAGCGCGAUGGCACAAAUUACGCUGUGCGGCAGUUUGAGCCGCAUGAUGUUGGAUCGGCUUCGAAUUCUGUCACAGCGUUUCGAGGAGCUUUGGAUGAGUGGCGCAGGAACGUGGUUCGCGGCACGGACUUGCAUCGGUCGGAUUUUCAACGUAGACGGGCUAGUAGACGACGAGGAUGCGCACUGCAAGCGACCAGAGCAUAACGAGAACUUGCCGCAGCAUGACGAGAAAAUGAAGCGCUUUUAUGAGAAGCGGCUUCCGUGGUACACGCGGUACCACAGAACGAUUUUCUUCUUCACACUGCUGGGGUCCAUUGGUAGCUCUUUCUUUGCCUACGUCGAGUUCAACUCCUGGGUGGUGGUUGCAUCUGCAAUAUGUACUGCUGCAUCCUCCUGGGAGGAGUUCUCCAACGUCGUGCAGAACAUCCAGCGCUACAACGACACGUUGCAGGAGUUGAAGAAGCUGAGCUCCUGGUGGAAAGGUCUGCCUCCAUUAGAGAAGGCUUCCCCUCAGAAGCUGGCCGCGCUAGUUGGCACUAGCGAGGAUAUCAUUUGCUCUGAGUGUCGAUCAUGGGCACAGAGCAUGCAGUCAGCGCAGGAACUUGUCAAUCAGAAGAUGGGCACCGCCAACCAAGACCCAAGAAAGAGCAGUGCCUAA